AUGGUCGACAAACUGUGGGACCGCCGCCAGAAAUCUAUGGAAGCCCCCACCAGUGCAAAGCAACAACCGCACAUCGAGACGGUGCUGACACUUUCAAAUAUCGAUGUAACUGGAACGUCCUCGCCGGCCACCACGCCCCAUUCGUACCCAUUCGAUACCCUACCGACUCUGGUAUCGCGCGUGAAUCCCCACUCCGUCAUCUGCGAUGCUGGCGUCAAGCUCUAUCACGAGAUCACAUCGGGGCACUCAGGGCUCUCGCAGAUACGAGCCGCACUCGACGUUUGCAUCAUCACCUUGGACUCUUCUACAACUACCAUCCCCCGACGCAUGUCCGAGGCUGCCCCUCCGGCGCCGCUUGCGCCCAUGGGCUUGCCUCCGUCCAUGCGCGCGAAGAAGGUCAUCCUUGGCUCUGGGGGCGGCGGAGAUCGCGCCGGCCUCGGUCCGUCCGAGGCACUGUGUGAGACCGAGUAUGGGGCCCACCGCAGGCGUCUCUCGCUCGCUUGGCGGUCUUCUUGUUUGGAGAGUGUCAGGAAGCGCGGGGGGUGGGCUGCGCGCGUGCUCAAUGACGGCCAGCUAGGGGGUUAUGCGGACGAAUUGCCGCAGACACUGGACGAGCUGUCAUCCCGAAAGCUCGGAGACCCCCGCUCCAAUUCCACCUCUGUACUUGCAGACCCAAAACGAUGCCUCGUCACACAGGAAUCAGGACCAUCGGUCAUGCCGUGUUAUCUGCUCAACCCGCGCCUCUGGCAGUUCAACGGGAUGCUGACGCGCCUCGAAUGGCACUGGGGGAUGAAGUACUCGUCGCUAGAGCUGAAUGUGGAGGCGAACAUGAUUUAUCUUCGUCAAGAUUUGUUGGAAUCAUUUGACAGCAACCGCUGGCUGCUUCUCCCACCCCCUGAAAUGGUAGACAGAGUCUGGGCUCGCUAUUUCAUGAUAGAUCUCAAAAGUCCGAUCCAACAAUCUCCUAUCGAGUCGAUUUAUGAAGGUGGUGAGGUCUUUGAAUAUCGAUUGUUUCCAUUGGACAAGGAUCUUCGUCCAAUAAAACGAUUCGAUGAGCCAGACUCGACCAAUCGGUCUUCGCCACUCAAUGCCGACCCCACCGAGGAGAACUCUACCCGCCAUUCAUAUCCAUUUGACAGUCUACCAAUCCUCGUUUCCAGUGUCCGACCCCACUUCGUCAUCCUCGACUCGGCUGGAAAGCUGUUCAAUCAGCCAUGGAUAGUUUCGACCGUGGUGCCUUCACUUUGGCCGAUUUCCGAGUACGAUGCCAGCCACAUGCUUUGGCACCUCGAAUUCGUGUUUGGCUUGAAAUUGAGGCGCCCCCUGGAUUUGCGUCUACGUCGCGCACUCCUCUGUGGGCGUCUGCUCUCGACGCGGGUGCAUGUCUGCUGA